CUAAAACCGUGAAAAGUGUGGGAGCCACUCAAACUUCGUUCAAAGACCUGAAUUUUCCCGAACCAUCUCUUUUUCUCUCUCUCUCCCCAUCUCGGUCUCUCCUCAUCAUCGGGAAGUAUUUCUGUUCGCUGCUGGAGAGAACGAGCACAAUCACUGCAGUGUUGUUUUUGCUCAAAUAUUAACCAUAGUUUUUGAAAGAGGAACACGAUAACCGGAGGUUACAUGCGUGGGAUAGCUGCACUAUCACUACCUGCUAAAUACAAAUUCAAACAAGUCUACCCUGUGGCAGGAUCAUGGGGUACUGUUGCUACUUCCACUCCGAAGAAACAAGAAAUCAAUGAUUCUGGAGGAGGGAGGCGAGUUUUAAAUGAAAAGACGGAUCCUAUUGUUGCCUUCAGCAGACCACCGCCACUGCCACCGGUUCUUGGACCGCUGAUGGCUCUCUCAUUGUUCGAAAUGUGGUCAAGCCAUGACAGUGGUGAUGACUGAUUGAUAAUGCAAAACCAUAUGCAUAACACUUUCAUGUACAUACGGAUCUUUGUAGUGUUUCAUACUGAAGUAUUUCUUUGAUGUAGCCUGUCAUAAGUGGAGUAACAAUAGGUGCCAAGAGUCUAGACUAAAUCUUCGUCCAGAUAUGUAAUCUGACAUGAAGACUCUUUAGGAAGCAUGCAGAAAGGAAUAGUAUUGUCAUCGUACUAUGGCUUUUGUACUAAAUGCUGUUUGGUUAAGUGUUUGUGAAUGUUAGCGUACAUUCUUCAAACUUUGGGAAAUCAUCGAAUAUUGCAGUCACAUUUUCUUUAA